GGAACUUUCCCCCGCCCGCCCCCGGCCCUUCCUCCCUCCCGCCCGGAAGAAGUGGGAGAAGCGACGCGCGCCAGCCGGCCUUUCCCCAUCCAGCUCCUCCAGGGGACGCGCGAGAAGGGUCUUGCUGGCUGGUGAAAACCAUGCAGCGGUCCUGGGAAGAAAGCCGUUUUGCCCGCCGGUACCAGUGCCUUCGUUCUGCUGGCGUGGUGCUCUGGCAGCAAGGGACUGUUGAUUUGAGCUGGCAGCUGGACAUCAGCUCUUGGUUGGCUAAAAUGACUCCUCUGCGAACCAACUCGUAACAAAGGACAGCCUUUUCUACCUCAGGGAAGAGAAACAUAGACCACAGUGAUGGAGACCCACCAGAUGUGCACAAGAAGCUGCCGUCCAAUGCUGGAGAGGACCGAGCCAUGCUGCUAGGGUUUGCAAUGAUGGCCUUUUCUGUCCUAAUGUUUUUCUUGCUUGGAAUAACCAUCCUAAAGCCCUUCAUGCUCAGCACUCAGAGAGAAGCAGCGAACUGCACCAUCAUCCACACACACAUCACGCACUGGACGGACUGCGCUUUCAGCCGUGGGGCGGACUGCCGCGGUCAGGGCAAGUACCCGUGUCUGCAGGUGCUUGUGAACCUCACCCAUUCAGGGCAGAAAGCUCUCCUACAUUAUAACGAAGUGGCUGUCCAGACAAAUUCCAAGUGCUUCUACACACCUAAGUGCCACCGAGAUAGAAAAGAUUUGCUCAACAGUGCUCUGGGCAUAAAGGAAUUCUUCGAUCUCAAAAACGGGACCCCCUUUUCAUGCUUCUACAGUCCAGACAGCCAGUCCAAAGAUGUUAUUCUCAUUAAAAAGUAUGACCGAAUGGUUAUCUUCCAUUGUUUGUUCUGGCCAUCACUGACUCUGGUAGGUGGUGCCCUGAUAGUUGGCAUGGUGCGAUUAACACAGCACCUGUCCCUACUGUGUGAAAAAUACAGCGCUGCACUCAGAGACGAAGUAAGUGGCAAAGUACCUUACAUGGCCCGGCACCAGUUCAAACUGUGGGGUGUAGGGAGGAGCAAAGGAAAGAGAAGGCAAUCUUAAGAUGGUGGCCACAUUCAAGUCCUGACCUUCAGUUAACCUGCCAUUUCUGCACUUGAGGACCUAAUUAGGCCUACUUGCAAACUAACCAUGUAGAGGCAAAGUUAAGUACGAAUAUUUCAUGGGCAGAAGAAAAUUUGUAGUCUCAUUAUGCAUUCAUUCUAUUUAUUUUAUAAAUACAUAAAAAUUCACCAUCAUUUCUACUCCAAAUCUCUCCACAUGAGCCAAGGAAGCACUUUUUGUUUCCACGUGGCAAACUGAGCUCAAGGUCUUUGUGCUUCAUCUGCUAUCAACUCACACUGCAGAACUAGUUAUAUCUGACUUGUCACUGUGGAAGUAGAUGAGGAGGGUUUCUAACCUGGUGAGCGCUGAACGGCCAAUCGAGUUCUAUGCAAUAGAGUUCACAUUAAAACAUUUCUCAAAAAAAUUCUUAGUGAAGAACAGUUCACUACUCACUAUAGGAAGAUAAUAAUCUGAUAAUUUCAGAAAACACGGACCUACGAUUUUACUUCACCAUGAGAAAAGAGAGAAGCCGCAGCCUAUAAAAUUCGCUAAGCUUAGCAUUAUUUGUACUUAACCUUGCCAUGGACCAUGUAAUUUUUCUUUCAGCAACAUUUUUUCCAGUUAAUUAUGCUUUCCGUAAGCUCAUUUUGUUGUGUACAUGCUGGAGGGAGCAGGAGAGAUGGCUAGAAAUGUGUUGUGAAGCAGGGAGAAGCUAUACUGGAUGGAAUUUAACAUUCAUUUCAGAUAACCCGCAUCACAGAAAAGUCCCACAUGGAUAGUCAACAACUGUCCGUACUUUAAUUAAUGAAUCAACCACGGUUAUUAAAUAAUGAAUGUCACAAAACUCUCCCAACAAGUGCUUUCCAGGUUAAGCUGAAUAUACGAGUUGGAAACAGAGUUCAUUCUGAAAACCAUUGUACCUCGAAGUAGCUUUACAAUUUUACUAAGAAAUCUUAUAGCAAGGACAACAGAAAGAAUGACUUUUGAAGCAACCUUUAUAUGUAGAUGUUAUCAAAACAGAAACUUUGACUCUAAGCCAAUUUAAUGCCUUUUAGCAAAUAAUUGUAAGUCACACAUUAUUAAAUAAACUGAAUAAUUAAAUAAAGCAAUACUGACUUGAACAGCAGUGAACAAUUUUGGUAUUUUCUCUUCUUUCUAGUGAGGAAUAGUGGAGAGAACAUGUGUCUUAAAGUAGGAUUUUUUUCGAAUUUUUUGAAUAAUUACAACUUCUCAGGUAUGUAUCCUUGGGUAAUUCAGCUGAAUUGUUUGAGCCUCUCUUCUCAACCAUAAGUAGGGAUAAGCUCUUCUUUCACGGGGUUAUUUUUAAGGAAGAAACAAGGUAGAAUAUGUGGAACACCUAGCUUAAUUUCUGGUACCAAGUGGAUGUGCAUAAAAAUGUUAGUAGAUGAAAAAAACUUCUGCUAAGUUUUCAAUUUUCAGUCAGCCUUCUCCCUCUUCUGGGGAUGUACCCUAAAGAAAUGAAAUCAGUACC